AUUGAUGAUGAGUCCUCCUACUUAAACAAAUCCAUUUACAAAAAGGGCCAUUGUAAAUUCGACCAUUGAAAUCCGAUUCAGUUUUUUUCACUCUUGGAAAGCAUAGUUCUUAACCAUGGCAAGGCAAGUGGUGGUACACGUUAACGGACUAUUGGACUGAGGGGCGGUUGGGUACGAGCACAUUUGGAGUGUUGGGAACACUCUUAGCCCCAUACCUCGCCUAAGUGGUUUGACAAAUAUCGUUUUCUUUUUAUCUUACACGGGAUAACCCCUCAAAACGGAUUUCAGAGACUUGGAUAGAAGUGCUAGUUGGCAACGACUAUAGAAACGAGGAUCCGUUGACGAAAAAGCUUUUGGGGGAUUAAGUUAUUCAAUGAUCACUUAUUUUUUUAAUGUAGAUUAAGCGAAAGGUUGGCACUACUAGUCCACCAAUUUAGCAAAAAAACGUGUGACAGGUCCAACUGGACCACGGACGGCGGUCACCGAUGGCUGAAACUCAAUAUAUUAAUCUGAAUUCACACAGCUAGAGGGUAUAUGAUGCGCUAUAAAGUAGCCUAAUUUCAGCUAAAUGGUCCAGGGUGACAAUAUGUUACAUCAAACACACCAUGUUAGUGAAACUGGACACUGAAAGCAUGCGAAACAAUUGAGACCGUCUUUGGAUUGAAUCAACAUGCAAUUGGCACAGUUCCUAUCCAUUUGCGUCCCCGCCUUGUUGCAGCAGGUUGCGCGCGUGGCCUUCCACAAAUGCACUUAUAGCGCACAGUUUUGACUUUGCUCUUACUUUCUGACUCGAAUGUUACAGAUUUCGGCGCCAUGGUUGAGCACGGAGGCCUUGAUCUUAUGUGUUUAAAUAAGUCCUACAGUCACAGUUCCACUACCUCGUCCUCCAGCUCAGAGCGAGAAAAGAAAAUAUUCACCAAGUUGAAAGUCAGUUUGACUGAGGACUAUCCGCAGAAGAACGCGGAGAUCCUGAGCGGCCAGUAUGGGACUAACUUACUUUUGAUCGGCGUGUCGCUGAUGCUGGCUAUUGCGCACCAUGGCGCAUCAGUGAAGGAAGAGCACCUGUUGUCGUUUAUCACGACCCUCAUGAUCCUCCAGCUGAUAUGGAUGAUAUGGUACAUCGUGAGCAGAGACAGGCAGAGUAACUUACAGCCAGAAAAGGAUGUGCAUGCUACUACCUGUUGGAUAAGAGGUGGGUUAACUCUUCUUGCGCUCCUCUCGUUGAUCAUGGAUGCCUUCCGAAUUGGUUAUUUUGUGGGCUAUCGAUCAUGCGUGUCGGCUGUUCUAGGGGUAUACCCUAUCAUCCACGCAACUCACACAAUAGCACAGGUCCAUUUCCUUUGGUUUCACAUCAAGGACGUCAUCAAGACCUUCGAGACCUUUGAAAGAUUUGGUGUCAUCCAUGCAGUCUUCACCAACCUGCUACUGUGGUGCAACGGUGUGAUGUCUGAGGCUGAGCACUUCCUAAACAACCACAAGAGAAGGCUCUCUUCCCUGGGCUAUGUAAACCUCACCAUAGUGGAUAUGGAGCCUCACUGUAAUUGCACUACCAGCGCCUGCUCCAUGUUCUCCAACAGCCUCUAUUACCUAUACCCUUUCAACAUAGAGUACCACAUCUUUGUCUCUGCAAUGCUCUUCGUCAUGUGGAAGAACAUAGGGCGCAGCAUUAACCUCCAGUACAACCGGAAAAGGCCGGCUACCAGGACCCAGGGGCUGGUUGUCGGCCCCAUCCUGGGUCUUGUCGCCCUGGCCAGCACCAUCGGCGUGCUGGUGGUCUACAUCAUCCACGUGGAAGAGUCGAUGGACACCCGGGAGUCAGCCAUCGCAAUGUUCUACUGCUACGGCAUCGUCAUGCUGGUGUUCAUGUGCUCGGCCGGGGCCACGGGUCUGCUCAUAUACCGUGCCGACCCUAUGCCCAUGGACACCACCAAGAACCCCUCGCGGACGCUGGACACAGAGAUCCUAUUCGGAUCGUCGGUGGGCUCCUGGCUCAUGUCCUGGUGCAGCGUGGUGGCUGUGGCAGCCUCAAGCAGCAGCCCGAGCUACCGCUGGACCAACCUGAUGUACUCGCUGCUCAUUGUCCUGGAGAAGUACAUCCAGAACCUGUUCAUCAUAGAGUCCCUCUACCGUCAGCGGGAGGACGGUGAGAGGGAGGACGCUGAGGCGGCAGGGCCUGUGCCGGAGAUCUUCUCUGUGACCUCCUCCUUGGCUCCGCCCUACAACGGCAUCAUCAACCGGGCGUAUGAGAACCCAGACAAGGGCUGUGUCACGCUGGAGAACGAGCAGGUGGAGAACGGACAGGUUUACGGAACAUUCAGCUCACGGAAACAUUCGGCGGUGCCCCUACACGCCGGGAGCAACGUGGCGGAGACCCCGAGCAAGAAGAGGCAGAUUCUGAAGAACAUCGCUGUCUUCCUCUUCAUGUGCAACAUCUCACUCUGGAUCCUUCCUGCCUUCGGCUGCAGACCCCAGUAUGACAACGGCCUGGAGCAGGAGACGUUUGGCUUCACCAUAUGGACAACAGUUCUCAAUUUUGCCGUGCCCAUGAACCUCUUUUACCGCAUGCACUCUGUGGCCUCCCUCUUCGAAGUCUUCCGAAGGGUGUGACAAGACCGACGAGAUGACGCAACAUGCACAAGAACACUUGUCACCAAGGGCUCCAUAGAGGAAAUUAAUAGCAACACAGGUCAACCUUUCAGGAGGAGCUCUUGUCAUGUACUUUAGACUUCUAAAUAAGCAUUGAAACAUGUCAGUGUAGGGGGAUUAUACUAGAUGAGAUGUCCCUUGUAGCGAUGCAUCUUCGGAAACAUUUUGUAGCACCAGAUAUAAACAACAAAUUACAUUGAUAUCAGACCCUGGAUUCAAAUAGUAUUCGGAAUCUUUCAAAUACUUUAGCUGUGCUUGAUUGAGCUGGCCUGGCACAAUGUAACCAAUGGAAUAGCCCCAAAUGUGCAAGAACUGAUCCCCCGCCCCGGGAGGCUCACCCAAAACGCCAAAGUCUUUGAAAGAUUUCAAAUAGUAUUUGCUUUGUUGUGUGUUGCUGCACUGAAAAGUGAAAUUGACAUUUGAAUUUAGGUCUCUGUUAUAACAAGUGUUUGGGUUUGUCUUUGGAUGUUCAUCAAAUUUUUGUUGAAUGCGUUAUUAAAACGCGUAUGUAAUAGUUUAGUGUCAAGUUGUCUCUCAGACCUAGUACAGAUGUAAGCCAGGCUAUGUAUGAAUGCAUCAUGAGAGUGGAGCAUGAUAAGUGAUGAUACACGAUGAAAGUAGACAACUUAUAUCGAAAAGCCAUGCCACAUUCAUUUUUCAAAUCCUGUAUCAUGGUGAGACUAGUGGGCCUCAUCCCCGGUUGUGCUGAUAUCACACACACCACUGUGUUUGCAGCAGUACUCCAACAUCACAGAGAAGCCAAAGAAGCUCUCUCGGUCUCGAUUAUUCAACGUCACAUAAGAACUGUACUAUGGAUUGUAAAGAUGAGGUGCAACUGUAAAAGCCUUAACGUUUUUUUGUUGUUGUUGUGUGUGUGUUGCCAUUUUUAUGUAUAUUUCAAAUGCACAGUGUCAUGGAGGAUGUUCUCAGUGGUCGGAAAAAUACACAGGAAACUCAAUACUUCUGUGUCAAACACUUGAACUACUUGGCUGGCCACAUUCUAGAGUCCUACAUGUACUGUAGUAUAGGGCAGCGCUAGACUUUGAUUGCUCUUCAUUGUAAUAUUGGACUGUAGUUCUCAGAAUCUCCAACAAAUGAACAAUGGACUGUAGUUCUCAUAAUCUUUCGCAAACGUCUCAUUGUAUUGACUGUCCUCAAUCAGGACUUGUUGUCAUCAAAUAUACACGGAAUGAUGUCAAUCACAUUGUUGAAUGCUGUACACUGUUGACUGAUCUUUAAUGCUAGUAGCUCUGCUUUUCUUUUAGUUAAAUUUGUUCUUCUGCUAAUGAACCUGAAAUCCUUAAAUAUAUUAAACAUUUCAAUAAUUGUUAUGGAACUCAAUUUCACUAAGAAACCGCCUGGGAGUGUGUGAAGCGUGCUCCAAUCCACACUGAUGUAUUCCCUGGACCCAUAUUAAGCCUAGUUCUGGACUAAAACAAAUGCUCAAUGGAGACUCUCCAUUGAAAGUGUCCGUAAACUGGCCACCGUGCCCCAUUUGCUCUCUCAAUCCAUAAUAUUGGUGAAGAGACUAAGUAUGCACUCUGCAUUUUAAAGGGACAAUCUGCAGUUCAAACAACACCAAAGUGUUUUCCCACCCUGCCACUGUUUUGGUAAACAGCUGAAGAAUAGGGCGGUUAUUAUGUUAUUGAAAAGGGAAACAAUACAAUAUUUGCACAGAUCAGUAUAUACUGUAUUGACUGACAUGCAUUUUCCAAAAAGCAAAUAUGUUGUUUUAAACUGAAACAACUCUGAAACUGAACCAAAUAUCUUGAUUGAUGUAGUUUUGAAAAGAAAGCGUUGACAAUAAUCUUAACCUGUGAUGUUGUUGAUCGAUUUUGUGAUGAAUUAGUGAAAUGUAGUGCUACUGUAUGGUUCAUUUUUGGACAACAUAUUUAGGCUGUAGGGACUAUCAGAAAACUGUGAGUUCUACAUUGGUGCUAACUACUGUACUUGUUUUCAGUUGUACGUGCCAAUCUGUGGUCAAUGCUUAUUGGUAAACCUGCACCAAUACUAUAUCCUGUACAUAUCUGAACGUAGAUUAAAGUGAAUGUACAUAAAGGC